AUGUCUUUUGGCCCAGUCACCAGAACCGGGUUCUCCGUGCGGGACAUCCUGGACCUGCCGGACCUGCCGGACCCGACGGGCCGGUCCAGCGGCGGCUCCGGGACCGAGGAGACCGAGGAGGACGACCCGGAGGUCUCGGGUCCGGAGCCGCCGCUGGACCGGGGAUUCACCGGAGGAGGAACCGGGAUCCUGGGCCGGUGGAGCCGCGGGACCGGAAGCCUGACCUUCUCAUUACACGGACUCUCCUUCAAGCCCGGACCUGAGCCCGAGUCCACGCCGCGGCUCGCGGACCAGUCCCCGGCCGUGGGGGGCCUCGCCCGGGACGCGGGGGGGGCGGAUGCACAGAAGAGCCGCGGCAGGAAGCGGCGCGUGCUGUUCUCCAAGGCGCAGACCUUCGAGCUGGAGCGCCGCUUCCGGCAGCAGCGCUACCUGUCGGCGCCGGAGCGCGAGCACCUGGCCGGGCGGAUCCGCCUCAGCCCCAACCAGGUGAAGAUCUGGUUCCAGAACCACCGCUACAAGAUGAAGCGCGCCCGGGCCGAGCGCGGCCUGGAGGGGGCGCUGACUCUGCUGCCGGGCCGCCGGCUCGCCAUCCCGCUGCUGGUGCAGGACGGGAAACCGGUCCUGGACCUGGAGGGGGUCCGGUCCGGACUCGGCCUGCCGCUGUGCGCCUACCCCCCCCUGCUGCACCCCUACGGCCCAGAGGCCCCCGGCCUGCACCCCCCCGGCCUUCACCCCCCCGGCCUGCACCCCGGGGGGCCGCAGCUGGCCCACAUGUACCACUGGAGCUGGUGA